AUGGCAUCUGGAACAUCGUCUUUAGAGAGCAAUGGAAGUAAUGAGUCAAUAUCCAACAGUUACGUGAACAAUGAGCGGCACAAUACCAGCCAGAUACAGAGCAUCCCCCACCAAAUAGACUAUGAAGUGCUGACCGCCAACCAGUGCUAUGAGAAGCAAAACUAUUCUGUGAAGGGCCACGGCCAUAGUAUGAGUGGUACAUACGAACCGUUGCAAUAUGAUGUCAUCAACAAGCAGACUAACGAAACCCUGAAACAGCAGUGCGAGAAGGCGCUGCACGAUUUAAAUCAGUUGAGGCGCCAGCAUACAGAGACGUCGCGGAGAUGUGAGCAUGUCAUGAAGGAGUUAGAGUAUUUCCGCGGUCAGCACCGAGCAGCUAUGAACCAGUUGGAGGUGUCUGCUCAGGAGGCGAGCAGUCUCCGUGGCAAAUAUGGUGACCUUCUUAAUGACAAUCAGCGAUUGGAGCGCGAAGUGCAACACUUACAGCAAAAUAGCAACCCCGAGGCUAGCUCCGAUGCUCUGGUGCACACUCUAAGGAAAUAUGAAUCACUCAAAGAGGAAUUUGACUGUUUUCAGAAAAGGUAUGAUGACCUAAUAGAGAAUCACAAUGCGACUCUAGAAAAAUUGCGAAUUGUUCAAGAAGAGAAUAGUCGUUUGAAAACUCAAUGUCAUGAGUUAACACAAGAGAGGAAUGCCGUUAUCCGGGAGAGGAACGCUCUGAAGCAGCAGCUGGCGAGCGUGGUGCGGCAGUGGGAGGGCGGCGUGCGCGAGCGCGCGGACAUCAAGCGGCUCACGGACGAGCGCAACGCCGCCAUGGCCGAGUACACGCUCAUCAUGAGCGAGAGGGACACUGUGCACAAGGAGAUGGAAAAACUGUCAGAUGAUCUGCAGGCCGCUCUCAAACGUGUGGCUGCGCUAGAGGCCGCACUGCAGGCUUCGAGGGACGAACAGCGCGCCACUGCAUUGCAGGCGGAGAGUUUACGUCGAGAGAUUGAAUCUGCACUCGUAGAUCGAGAUCGUGCUAUCAAGGAGUGCACCGAUUUGAAAACACCACAGAACACAUCAACUCUUGGGAAGUCAAGACAAGAUAACUCGGGUUAUCACCACUUAGGUCUAGCGAGUGGCGUGGGCAACGACGGCUUUCUAAACGGGCAACAUCCUAAUGAUCCCUCAUUAGAUAAGUUACAAGGUUUAGUGGGAAUGGUCGUAGACGCAGUGGAUAAGGAGCGUGUGGACAACCUGGAGCAAGCAAACCAGGAGCUGGAAAGAUUACGGAAGCAGGUGGACCGGCUUCAGGCGGAGUUGGCCGAUGCACAGCGGGAGGCUGAGGUCUCUAAGCGCAGGAGAGAUUGGGCAUUCUCUGAAAGAGAUAAGCUAUUGCAAGAGCGAGAAAGUGUUAAGGCACUUUGUAACAGGUUACGAAAAGAGCGGGAUCAAAUGGUCGGUGAGCUCGCUGAUGCCAGACGCCACGGCAACAAGAAGCAGACGUCUGACGUGAAGGAUUCUAAGAUAGUUCGACCUAAGGCAAUCUCACACGAGGACAAGUGCAGGAUACCGGGGAACAGAGACUCCGCUGUUGAUGCCGAUGUACAGGAUUUCGAAUGGGAAAUAAUCGAGGUGGAGCUGAGCGGUCUUGGCAAGGAUGGCGAACUUGGCUUUGAAUUGGCCGGCGGUCGUGAAGAACCCUAUUAUCCCAAUGAUACCAGUGUCUACGUUAUAUCUGUGAAAAAGGGUUCCAUCGCUGACGGGAAGAUCAAGGUGCUGGACCGUGUGGCGGAGGCGUGUGGAGCGUCUGCGUGGGCGCGCGGCGCGGCGUGCGCGGCGGCGCUGCGCGGCGCGCUGGCGUGCGGCGCGGCGCCGCUGCGUCUGCAGCGCGCGCGCUACCUGCGCCGCCUCGUGCGCCUCGCCGGCGGCGUCGCGCUGCACCACGGUAUUUUCGUAAGCAAAAUAGCGUGCGGUAGUGCCGCGGCCAAGGAAGGCAACAUAUUCGUCGGUGACCGAGUCGUCAGUAUAAACAACCGGUCGUUAGAGGGCGUGAAGUCUGUUUCGGAGGCGAUGUCGUUGCUGAACGACUGCCAGUACGACUCCGUGCUGCUCACCGUACUGCGCCCGCUCUACCCCUGCUGUGACCCGAGGAACAGAUUGCAAACUUCGGACCGCAGCUGCACGGACAAGAUCAACUUGUCGUCCCAGACCGACGACAGCUGUGCACAAUUCCUGCCUCCACCUGAGCCGAAGGUACAUAUAGACCACAGCGUGGCGGACUUCGACAGGCGCUAUGUGUACCACGUGGCGGCCGGCAGUCAGGGCAAGAUACAUCAGGAGAGAGGCACGUGGGACAUGAUCCGCGGCAAAAUCGAGGCGGUCACCGGUCGCAGCAAGUCCAAGGACAAACAGAACAAGGUGCCUGAGACGGACGCUAUAGCUGAACUGGACUCCGUCAUCGACAGCUAUCACGGCAAGACCAUUAAAGAAACCAGCAGUGUACUAAAACGCUCGCGUCGGAAAAACAAAGAAGCGCAGAACGACGCUAAAAAUGGUGGCACGUGGCCUAAAGCGCGCGCCAAUUUCAUUCUAGAAGAAAACUCCACCGGCACCAUAGUUCAGCCGCGCUCUAGAAAGGAAAGACCACCACUAUCCAUACUCCUAAGUCCACCUACAAAACUACCACCCGAACCGCAAAGAUCGAACGUAAAUAGAAAUUCAAACCCAAUACCGUUGGGCCAUAUGCCACUGACGCAAAUAACAGCGCCGGCGAGGCAUUCCGUCUACAAGUCAAUAGAGUCGUCGCCAGCUAUCGAACACUUCCCCAAACCCGCCCCUUUAACUAUACACAACCCUUUCGCCUCGCCGAGUAAUAUGAACUUCGAGAAGACGAGAACCUUGGAGAAAGACAAGAUAUCUAUAAGCGAUUACGAACAUGACGUCACUCCAAACAGACUCAGUUUAGUCCUAAAUCCAUCAGACGACUCGUUAGAUUACCAGCCGGCUACAAGGAAUAGAACUAAAAGCCCACACUCCUUAGACUUUAUGGUGAACAAAGGCCCCAGUUCUCUAGAUUUCGUCACGAGAAAAUCACCGAGCUCGCUGGACCACGCGAUGAAAAACCACCCGGGGAAGGACAUUCUAGACCAGUACUAUUCAACUAAGAAGUCUUCGCCCAAAACGGUGAACAAAUAUCCUUCGGACAGCGAUAGUUUCGGACCUGAUAGUCUGAACAGCACUGCCAACUUUCCAAUGACGGGCACCUUACCGUCACAAUCCCGUCUCCAGUCCCAGUAUUACAGAGGUCCUUUCGUUAACUCCAACCCCCAUACAUCGAAUAGGUAUACGCACUUGUCGAGUCCGACGAACAUACCGCAGAGUCAGUCCGGAGAAAGUAUCGGAACGAGUUACGACAUGCAUUCUUUUACGUCGCACACACACAAUAUGUCCGACAUUCAACCAGUCGCGAGGGUGAACAGGGAAUACCAUCACACAUACGAAGGGGGCACGUUUCCGAGGAAAAAGGAGAACCAGAGGUUUCGGAUACCCUCAAACCCGAGCGUCACCUCUAAAAACUCAGCAGGCAAACUUAGCACUGGAUCUAUAGAGAGGAGUUCGGAAAGAAAUUCUCCAAUGCCAACAUUUCACGUGGAAGUCUUGAGUCCGGGUAGAGGGGCGAAGCAGUUGACGCACAAAGGUACGAGGAACUCCAUGCCUGAGUACUGUGGUUUAGGUUGGAAUAAACCUCUCCCGGGGGAGUUGAGAAGAGUUCAUAUAGACAAGAGCCAGCAGCCGCUUGGUAUUCAAAUCUCCUGUCCCCCUAGUAGUGGAGGGGUGUUCGUUUCGACGGUGAACGAGAAUUCCUUAGCCAGUCAAGUGGGGUUGCAGGUUGGGGAUCAAUUGCUCGAGGUUUGUGGUAUUAAUAUGAGAUCAGCCACCUACACGCUAGCCGCCAGUGUGUUACGACAAAUAGGAAAUUCUAUAACCAUGCUAGUGCAAUACAGCCCUGAGAAGUACAAGGAUGAAAUGGAAGUUCCAGGCAGCUCGUCAUCGGGUGAGAGUUCACAUGAUGACGAAGUUUCUUUAUCCGGUUCUCCGACUCCUAGAAAUUCGCCAGGACCGCAGCAGUCACUCAGAAUGGACGUGCCUUCAACUGACGUAGCGACGUUAAGGCAGUCGCAAGGCAAUAAGGAUUUGCCUAGAUUUUUGCUAAUCGAGAUGCGUAAUUGUUCCGACCUGGGUAUAAGCUUGGUGGGGGGCAAUGCAGUUGGGAUCUUUGUGCACAGCGUCCAGAUAGACUCGCCGGCCUACAUAGCAGGGUUGAGGACCGGUGAUCAAAUUUUGGAGUACAAUAAUGUGGAUUUGAGGAGAGCCACCGCUGAACAAGCUGCUUUGGAGUUGGCUAAACCGGCGGAUAAGGUGAGCGUUUUAGUCCGUCACGACUUACAACAAUAUCACGAAAUUAAAGAUAAACCGGGAGACGCGUUCUACAUUCGAGCCGGCUUCGACCGUUGCGCGAAAAUCACCUCUAUAGGCAUGGAUACCAUAGACGAAUAUUCCCUGUGGUUCAGAAAAGAUGAAGUGCUGUUUGUGGACAAUACUCUGUUUAACGGAGCCCCGGGACUGUGGAGAGCUUGGCAACUUGAUGGGAAGGGAAUGAAGAGGCAUUGGGGGACGAUACCGAGCAAGUUCAAAGUGGAGGAGGUGCUGCGUCGGUCGUCGGGCGCGGCGGACAGCGAGGCGCAGCGGCGCGCGUCGAGCACGGCGCGGCGCUCGUUCUUCCGGCGCAAGAAGCACCGCGACAGCAAGGAGCUGGCCUCCUUCUCCAACACCGAGCUGGGCUGCUGGAGCGACUCCGGCACGCUCGCCGACGACGCGCCGCCGCUCUCCUACCAGCGCGUCGAGAGGCUGCACUACGGCAGCCAGCGGCCGGUGGUGGUGCUGGGUCCGCUGUGGGAGUGCGUGGCGGGCAAGCUGGUGACGGACUGGCCGCACGUGUUCGCGCGCGCGCGCCCCGACCCGCGCGCUGUGCGCGACCUCGCCGACAAGGUACCGCUGUGUGUGUGUGCGCGACCUCGCCGACAAGGUACCGCUGUGUGUGUGUGCGCGACCUCGCCGACAAGGUACCGCUGUGUGUGUGUGCGCGACCUCGCCGACAAGGGCAUACACUGCAUCCUAGACAUCAGCGUGUCAACUAUAGAGAAACUUCACAAACACCAGAUAUACCCUAUUGUGCUGUUCAUAAAAUUCAAAUCAUUUAAGCAAAUAAAAGAAGUUAAAGACACGCGAUAUCCAGCUGAUAAAGUCUCCGCCAAGGCUGCCAAGGAAAUGUAUGAGCACGGACUAAAGGUGGAGAAUGAAUAUAGGAAUUAUAUUUCCGCGGAGAUCCCGGCGGGCGUGAACAUCGCGUACAUGUGCACGCAGAUCAAGGAGGCCGUGGAGGAGGAGCAGAACAAGACGCUGUGGGUGCCGUCCGUGCAGGCCUGA